AUGGCAUUCUCAACCUUGAAGAACAUGCUCUCCCUUGUUUUCUUGCUCCUAUGGAUUAUGUUGGUUUGUUCAGACAAUGUUUCUUCUCAUUCUAAUGAAGAAACACAAGCUCUGCUCAAAUGGAAAGCCACCCUUCUCAACCAAAACCUGCUUUUGUGGAGUCUUCAUCCUAACAACAUCACAAAUUCUUCUGCCCAACCUGGAACAGCAACCAGAACUCCAUGCAAAUGGUUCGGGAUAUCUUGCAAGGCAGGAAGUGUAAUCAGAAUAAACCUCACAGAUUUGGGUUUAAUCGGUACUCUCCAAGACUUCUCAUUCUCGUCUUUUCCUAAUCUUGCAUAUUUUGAUAUCAACAUGAACAAGCUCUCUGGUCCUAUCCCACCUCAAAUUGGUUCUCUCCAAGCUCAAUGGUCCCAUCCCCGAAAGCUUGAAAAUUGCCCAAGCUUAGCCAGAGCUCGGCUCCAGGGAAACCAACUCACUGGAAAUAUAUCCGAGGCAUUUGGGGUCUGUCCAAACCUGUAUCACAUCAACUUGAGCAACAAGAAGUUCCAUGGCGAACUUUCUCAAAAUUGGGGAAGGUGUCACAAACUACAAUGGCUAGACAUUGCCGGGAAUAAUAUCACAGGGAGCAUACCAGCAGAUUUUGGAAUCUCAACUCAACUAACCGUGCUUAAUCUUUCUUCAAAUCAUUUGGUUGGGGAAAUUCCAAAGAAGUUGGGAAGUGUAUCGUCUCUGUGGAAGCUGAUUUUGAAUGAUAACCGACUUUCCGGGCAUAUACCACCUGAACUUGGAUCGCUUGCUGACCUUGGGUAUCUAGACCUGUCAGGAAAUAGAUUGAAUGGGUCAAUACCAGAGCACUUGGGUAAUUGCUUGGACUUAAAUUACUUGAACCUGAGCAACAACAAACUCAGCCACGGAAUUCCGGUUCAGAUGGGCAAGCUCAGUCACCUCUCCCUGCUUGAUCUGAGUCACAACUUACUUACAGGUGAAAUCCCACCACAAAUCCAAGGUUUGCAGAGCUUAGAGAAGCUUAAUCUAUCUCAUAACAGCCUAUCUGGUAUCAUUCCAAAGGCUUUUGAGGAUAUGCAUGGCUUGUGGCAAGUCGACAUAUCUUACAAUGAUUUGCAGGGUUCCAUUCCCAACAGCGAAGCAUUUCAGAAUGUUACCAUUGAAGUGUUGCAGGGAAACAAAGGUUGUGCGGUAGCGUUAAAGGGUUACAACCUUGCGAAAAUCGUUCUGCAACAAAGGGUACUCAUAAAGCUGUAUUCAUAA